AAAGAGAGAAAAAAAACCACUCACAUACACACCAGCGACAAACGAAAAGCAGACAACACACGCACGGGAUCCAGACAGAGGUACGAAAAGUGUUGGCAAUCGAGUCCUGACGAUCCUUUUUUUGCGCCCCGCCAGCUGCUCGUUUUGCUGGAAGUCUGCGAUUGCCGAAUUCGAGGGUGGUUUGUGCAGGUUAAGUCCGUACGGAAGGGAAUAGGCCACGGCCGUAUCGCCACCACACCAACCACCUACAUCAACCAGUGUCAUAUUGUUGUGAAAAAACGCAAAGAAGAAAAAAAAACACACACACAUUGUGAUAUCGUGUGGUGAGGUGGGGGGAAAACAGUCCCCAAAACGACGGCGUUUGUGUAGAUCCCGCUGAUUCCCGCGGGGGACGAACAGGAACAGGCAGCAAAACAAAGGGCAACCAGCAUAAAGCAUGAGAGCACAACGACGGCACAACGGCUGCGGGAACAAUCGAGUAACGAAGGCUGUCGUCGUUGUCGUCGGAUCGCAGUUGGCUGGUCCGCUUUGCUGCCAGUGAAAUUGGCAUUCCGCCUGCUCGAGGUAACCCACGCAAAACGCAAUUAAGCAUUAACAGAUCCAGCCGUGACGACGCUUGCUAGGGUUUGUCUGCCAACUUCGGUCUCGGUUGCUCCAAAUCUCCAGUGUUUGAGUGCGUGUGUUGAGGAGAAACAACCCGUUCCCGUCCAGCUGAAUAUACUGAGCGCCACUGUCGAGUGUGUUUUGCUCCCAGCGCUGUUCCAAUUCUUGCCUUUGCCGUGCAUCUAGUCGGGCCUGAAACAACCCAAACGCACAGGUUCAUCCGUAUCCGUGUUCCGUCAUAAGCCCGCGUGUAUGCUGGUCGCGCACGCCUGCGUGAGGUGCUGCAUGGUGUGAUGUUCUCAAACGGGCUUCCGUGCAAUCUAACAUUUCCCAGCUGUCUCGGUGUGCCAAAGGAUAGUGGAAGCGACGAGCUGCUGCCGACCAGCAUGGGAAGCCGCGAACCGGUCAUCCUCAACGUGUACGACAUGUACUGGAUCAACGAGUACACCACCUCGAUCGGGCUCGGUGUGUUCCACUCCGGGGUGGAAGUGUUCGGGACGGAGUUUGCCUACGGUGGCCAUCCGUUUCCGUUUACCGGCGUGUUCGAAAUAUCGCCCCGCGAUCACGACGAGCUUGGUGAUCAGUUUCGGUUUCGGCAAAGCAUUCAGAUUGGCUGCACAGAUUUUACCGAGGAGGAGGUGCGGCGUAUCGUGGAAGAGCUGGGCAACCAGUUCCGGGGCGACCGGUACCAUCUGAUGAACAACAACUGUAACCAUUUUUCCGGCGCAUUGACACAGAUCCUUUGCGGACAGGAAAUACCCAGCUGGGUGAACCGGUUAGCACACUUUAGCUCGUGCGUACCCUUCCUUCAACGCUGCUUACCAAAAGAAUGGCUAACGCCGAAUGCCUUACAACAAUCGAUAACCGCCAUACAGGAUCGCGACUCCGACUCGAGCCCCUUCUGAGAGUAGCUGGACCGAUUCGGCGCGUAAUGACGAUACCUCUCCCUUCACUACUGUAAUGUCUACCUUAAAAAAACACAAACAUCCACACACUACCACUACCAUCUCCAACUACCGCUGGAAAAGGGCAGACUACUGCCAACCAAUUGUCACCAGGAACCAGCCCCGGUGCAGUGUCCGUUAAACCAUUUUUCUUUGCUGUUUCCCUCUGUUUACUUACCUUUUAGCUACUUACGGCGGGACUGGUCACGCCAGUUUAAACUUUUCACCCUUAAACUACAUUAAAAAAGUGUCAGCAAAACAAUCUUCCACCGAUGGACGAUCGCCGGCCGAUCGAUUGGUGAUGGAACCGGAAACGGCUGUGGGGUGACGCGUUGCACAGAAUUUUACGGCCUACGUUUAGCGAUCGCAGCAGAAAAUUUGGUGGAAAAUGUGUGCUGUUUUCCUCAGCUAGAGAAGAUGUUCGGGUUUUCUUUCUUUACUUUAGCAAAACAUAAAUGCACCGAACGAGUAAGCGAAAAACGAUAGAUCAAAAACACACGGUACUGGAGAAUAAUUGUAAUUUGUGUUUUCCAUUGCGAUCGGUAUAGAUUUUAGAGGAAACGAGGAGUGAGAAUAAGUUUGUUCUUUUUAUUAUUAUUUAUUCCACACACUGGCGAAAAAAAACAGAGUUUUUCUGCUCUAAACGAUUAAAAUUAGGGCGAUUUUACCCAAACAUAACUGACCCGUACGGUGCAACUCGUUCAAACCAUCACAAAAUAAGUUUUAAAAAACCUAACAAACAACCGUCUUCGAGCUAAUCCGUAAUCCUGUCGAACCGCGUUUUCUGCAGCAAUCGAGGCAUCGUUUACAAAGAGCAAGGGCUAGGAUUAUUUAACAAAAAGAAGAAGAUAUUACUUUGAUUCUCACACUUACUUUUAACCGGAAAACGAAUAGAAAAAACUGCACCACCACCCCCCAAACAUCAACCCAUAGUAGAGUAGUGUGAAAUAUGCGUGUGUGGUUGCGUGCGUGUGUGGUUGCGUGCGUGUGUAGUAGUUCCAACCGAUCGGGACUAGAUGAGUAAAGCUUUAUUACGGUGGCAAGCCACUAACCUACUCCCCCAAAAUUCGUUAACAUAAGAGAGAGAGAGAAAGAGAGAGAAAUUGCAACCAAUAGACGCCCCGAGGUUGGUGAACAUGUUCUGAGAUAUAAGGAUUAAAACGGUAGGGAAGAUAAAUCGGCAUCGAGAGUAGCAAACUGGUUAACUAGGGCCGUGUGCCGGGUUCCUACAUCCAGCCCCAGGCCCCAGAAUCUAUUUAGCAAAGUAAACUUAACGAACUUUAUAGAGUGAAUCAGUUAGUUGUACGCGUGGUACGGGUACUAAAUGGGCAUGUGUUACACUUUCGGUAGAGCGGCGAUGAUCGCGAUGACAGAUAAUAAUCGUUAACCUGAGAUUAAAUUAAUUGACUAUUGCGCGGAUAUUACGCGCGCGUACCGUUGUGAAACAGUGAACAGAUUUAGAGUUUAUCGGAGUAAAACGUGUGGACACCAUUAUUGCUACUAAAACAUCAAAUACUACUACUACUACUACUACUAUUACCACUACUACCAACACUACUAGUACUAAAAAAAAAGAACAACAAACUAUUGUGUUUGUUAGAUGCUGAAGAUCUUCGUCUCGAACCCGUUGAACCCGUUGAGCACAGGUGGUUUAGGUUUUGCCAUAGGAUUUAAGCUGUGUCAGGCGGGGGAUGAAUGGAAAGGGGAAGUUACUCAGGCUAUGCACUUGCAGGGUGCACAAAUCGCCAAGAGAUAAUGGUGUGCAGAGACAGACUGGCCGAGAAGUAUUACGAAUCUACCGAACGUUCACACCAAAAUUAGCUGACACGGUUAGGCGCGGUUUUUUUUUUUCGGUUUUUCGAAAUCCACUUUUUGACUUCAGUUUUGACCCGCUCUCCGGGCAACUUUACCGCCAGAUUGGAUACUGAGGGGCCGCUACUGGAGGCCGUGUGUUCAAGGAUAUUACACAGUACAUCAAACACAAUCAAGUACCGAGUAGUUUGUAGCGUGCGCGUCGAAGAGGACUGGCAAUCACUGGCUGGUUAGUGUUUUGUUUAUCGUUUUGUUUGGUGAAACUGAUAUUCAGUUAUGUUUGCCGAGUGGGUGUGUUCCUCGGGGAGAAGAUCACUGUUAAUACACCACCACGCGCAACCGGGGGUAAGCAUCCCAGCAUCCCCGGAGCUGAACAUUCAAUGCCGCGCUCUCUUUCUCUUCCUCUAAAACUAUAGAGCCUAGCAGCAGAUACCUACUCAUAAGUGAGAAAAAAACAGAAAAAAUGGUAAAACGAGGAAGCAGAAAUUAAGAAACACUCAAAAACGAAGUAAACUAAAUCGAACAAAUGUAUAAUUAAUGAAUAAAAACAAACAGAUGCAGUUAAGGAAGAA